AUGAUUAAUGAGAUUACUGAACUUAUACCGACAUGGAAUCCAGAUCGCUUAAUGAUGGAUUUUCAAAAAGCCUCUAUGAACGCGUUUGGUGGUAGCUUCCCACAAGCAAUCGGACGUUUACUGUCGUUAUAAAUGGUCUUUGCUGUUUUGUUUCUUGUAUACAUAACUCUGUUUGGAUUCGUAUGAUUAUGUGCAGUCUAUUCUUAUAAAAAUCUGUUUCCAGUUCUGAAUACCAGUCUUAUAAAUCCCUAUGAGUAAGUGUCCGAUGAACAUCUGUUCAAGCGAGCAUCACUCUAUGCGAGCAACUUGUCAUACGAGCAUCUGUCCGCGAGCAAAUGUCCUCGAGAGCAACUGUUCCAAACCCCUAAAAACAGAAGACUAGAUUUUUUCAGACAGUGGUGCGCGCACCGAAAAACACUUACGUAUAAACAGGAUAAAUUAUUUUUCGAUUUUCACGCUCUAACUUUCUAGUUGUAUCACGUAGUUGCUGGUUGUCAUUUUUUAUUUGGCUGUGUUUGAACUCACGCGACUUUCGCAGAUCUUCUGCUGAAGGAGCAGUGGGAACAGCUGGUGAUGAUGCAGCGGCUGAGGCUUCCAUCAACUCUUUUUGUUUCUGACGGUAAUUGGCUUUGUCUUUUGCACGUUUCCUUUUAUAUUUUUUGUCAUAUGUUGCUUCAAUUUAACUUUUAAAUCAUAUUCUUUUUGAUCUCAAUUAUCCUUAAUUACCGUAACACAGUGGGCAUAUAGGCGGAAAUUAGGCGGAAAAUCGAAAUAAUCCUUUUUUCAAAUAUAAAUAGUGCAAAAUGUAGCUCUUGAAAUUGUCUAUCGAAUGGUGUAUAAAUGUCUAUUUUUAACUU